CUUCUGAUCGCGUCUGAAUCAAAAUGGCCGCCUGCUGAGAGAGUAAUGCGGUUGUUGUGAACUCUUGAACAUGUCGAAAUGUCACUUUUAAGACUGUGCGCUUUUCCGAAAUACUUGAGCGGUAAAUUCAUGUUUGAAAGAAGUGCUCGUUUUACAUUAAAUGUCGACCACUGUCAAAUCUGCCUCAGACUCCGGAAUAACUGCGAGAGAGGAACAAGAGAUAACCCAUGGACAACACUGCACCAAAGGCACUACUCUGCAAUUCCAAAGAAGGAAGAUGGAAAGAGACGAGUGUGGGAACAGUCUCAUUUGUUGGAUGUUCUCGAGGCUCGGAUGCAGCAGUUGCAGUCUGAUGUUUUACAUGUAAAUCAUUUGAAGGUUGAGUUUGUCAAAAUGCCACAAGGAGAAAAAAGAGCCACUCCUGUGAAGAGUCAAAAGACAGUGGCAGAAACUCCUAAAGCUGUUCAGUCCACUAAAAAAGAUGCCACGUCAGAUAACUCACCCUCCAAAACACACACGAGCCGCUGGAUUGAAAAACUAAAGCUUGAGAAGUCAAACAAAACUAAAAAACAGUCGUCUCUGCAGCAGAAACUCCGUGACAAAACAACAGCAGCAGCGAAAAGCAGUAAAGGAAAUCUGAUGGCUCCUGGAACAUCCAUGAAAACAAUCACUACUGCCAAAAGGAGCAAACAAGCCAAACCCGAGUCCACAGCGGGUCCAACGCCUCAGUCCAAACACUUAAAACCAAAGGUGUCUAAACGUAGUACAAGUGCAACCACAGUGAAAGAGGAUCCUGAAGAACUUUCCAGAGCUGAAGAGCUGGCUGAAGUCGAAGAGCUCGAAGAGAUGAUCGGUGAGUGGAGUCCGACGAACGCCGAGAAACUUCUGGAAGAUAAAGACGGGAACCGUUAUGGCGACGCGCAGCUAAACUUGCGCUGCUACCUGGAGGCAUGUGUUUUUACGGGUGAUGUGGAGCGAGCGCAGCGCUGCCUGUUUUUUCACCACCGGCACCUAAGCAAACGCAAAACACUCUCCAUCAGCGCCUACAACAUCAUGAUGAGGAUGUGGGCCAAGAAGGGAUCUGUGAAUCACAUUGGUCGCUUAUUCGUUCUGGUGGAGGAAGCAGGCCUGAAGCCCAACCUGGUGUCAUACGCCACGGCUCUGGAGUGCAUGGGCCGCAAUCCUGAGACCUCUUCACGCACCAUUAACAGGUGUCUGCAGCAGAUGGCUGAAAGUGGCCUGUGUUUGGACGACAUGUUCAGACAGUGUGUAUUCAGACAGGAUGAGCGAGACAUGGUGCUGAAGGCCAUCCGGACCGUACAACCCGACUAUGAGCCACACUCUCCUACUGAACGGCUGCACUGCUCAUUACCACUGGCGGAGAGCUUUUAUACACAGAGGGAAGAAACCAGCUAUCCUAAGCUAGACUUUAGUGUGGCUGAGCUGCAGGAGCGCUUCAGGCGUCAGCUGGCUAUGGAGCAGGCCAACACCAUCACCAUCGACUCUGUGGAGGCCAUUAAACCUGUCACCGAACACAUGGCCAGGAUGAGGAAGCUGUUAGCCGAGCAGCACUCUCACUGGCACAAAGCGCUGCUACAGGCUCUGAGAGAGAGCCGGAUGGUUUUAGGCAGCAGCAACCAGAGGAACUGGAAGAUCAGCAUUUACCCAUUCCUGCGCAUCCUUCGCGAUGAGGAUUACGUCAACAUCAUGCUGCAGGGAUUGGCCAGCCUGCCACCCAGCGGAGAGUCUCUGCUAUUCCUGGCUAAGGAACUGGGCAACAGAGUCCACAACGUGUACUGCAUCCAACAGAAGAGUCACAGCCAGAUAGUGGAGAAACUGGGCAACAUCUACAACUCAUACGUGAAACUGCUUGGAAAAGACACAGAGCCCAGCAACGUGUUGCCACGGGAGCAAUGGAGCACUAUGGAGGCGGAGCGAACUGCUGGCCCCUCCCUCCUGAGCGAUGACACGCCCUGGCCGCACAUGCUGGUCAUUCAGCUGGGCAGCUUCCUGGUGGAUCUGCUGGUUCGCGAGCUCAAAAUCCCGAACAACAUCCUGAACCCCACCCUGGAGAACAAGCUCAUCCCUGUGCUCUAUCACAUGUACACAUUCCGCAGCAAUCGGCAGAUUGGUUUUAUCAAGCCACACCCAAUCCUGACCCAAAUACAGUCAGAAGCCAUGGAGACCAAGCUGACCUUUGACUCGUAUGUGAUGCCCAUGCUGUGCCCACCAGUGCCCUGGACAUCAGCCAAGAGUGGAGCUUACCUGCUAACUCCCACCAAGCUGAUGCGCUCAGUUGAGGGUGCCAUCCAGCACCAGCUGCUGCUGGAGAAGCGCCAGGAUGAGGAACUGCAUGCUGUGCUGGACUCCCUCAGCCAGCUGGGCAACUGUGCCUGGAGAAUCAACAAACCUCUGUUGGACAUAAUCAUCUCCAUCUUUAACGAUAAGGGUAGUGAGAAGCUGGACGUGCCUCCACCCAUUUCCGAGGCGCCAGAAAUCCCACGCUUCAACCCUCACGACCCGGCAUACACGCCCGCCGAGAAGGCCCACCUGAAGCGUGAGGCCACAAGGGCCAAGAAGAAGGUGGCUGAGAUGCACAGUCUGCGCAUGGAUGCACUCUACAAGCUGUCCAUCGCCAACCACAUGAGGGAUGAGAUCUUCUGGUUCCCUCACAACAUGGAUUUCCGAGGGCGUACUUACCCGUGCCCACCUUACUUUAAUCAUCUGGGAAGUGAUGUAACCAGAGCCAUCUUGCUGUUUGCUGAGGGGAAGCCGUUGGGUCCUAAAGGCCUGGACUGGUUAAAGAUCCACCUGGUGAACCUCACGGGUCUGAAGAAGCGGAGUUCGCUAGCUGGGAGACUGGAAUACGCCAACAGCAUCAUGGAUGAUAUCCUAGACUCUGCAGACAACCCUUUAAUGGGGAGGAAGUGGUGGAUGAAUGCUGAUGAGCCUUGGCAGACUCUGGCAUGCUGCAUGGAAAUAGCAAAUGCCUCCAGAUCACAUGACCCCACGCAGUUCAUCUCCCAUUUCCCUGUACAUCAGGAUGGCUCCUGUAAUGGCCUCCAGCACUAUGCUGCACUGGGUCGUGACGUCAUUGGUGCAACGUCGGUAAACUUAAUGCCCUGUGAAGAACCGCAGGAUGUCUACAGUGGUGUGGCUCAGCAGGUGGAGGAGUUUCGGGCCCGAGACGCUGCUAAGGGCAUGAAGAUUGCACAGGUGCUGGAGGGCUUCAUCAGCAGGAAGGUAGUGAAGCAAACUGUGAUGACGGUGGUCUAUGGGGUCACGCGCUAUGGUGGCCGACUGCAGAUCGAAAAGCGCCUCAAGGAGAUCGAUGACUUCCCCAAGGAGUAUAUUUGGGACGCCUCACACUACCUAGUGCACCAGGUCUUCAGCAGCUUGAAGGAAAUGUUCACUGGGACAAGAGAGAUCCAGGACUGGCUAACUGAGAGUGCUAGGCUAAUCGCUAAGUCUGGCAGCACGGUGGAGUGGGUGACCCCUCUGGGACUGCCCAUCGUCCAGCCCUACCACCGCACCAGGAACCACGUGCUCAAGAGCAACAUUCAGUUUCUGAGUCUCCAGAUAAGCCAUGACGUCUAUGAGAGGCCAGACACAGUAAAGCAAAAGAAUGCAUUUCCCCCAAACUUCAUCCAUUCUCUGGACUCCACACAUAUGAUGCUGACUGCACUCAACUGUUACAGUGCCGGUUUGACAUUCGUAUCAGUGCAUGACUGCUACUGGACCCAUGCUCUUUCAGUAGACAUCAUGAACAAGGUGUGUCGUGAGCAGUUUGUGGCUCUGCACAGUCAGCCCAUUCUGCAGAACCUCUCCAAGUUCCUGCUGCAAAAAUACUGCUCAGGACCACCGGGCAACACCAAGAGCAAGAAGUUUCUGGAGUACUGGAAGAUGUCGCAGCUGCUGGGGAAGGUUCCAGAAACAGGUGAUUUUGAUCUGCAGAGGGUGAAGGAAUCCACAUAUUUCUUCAGUUGAUGUAGAUGAAGAACCUUCACAGGUUGAACCGGAGAGGAAGUGCUCUCCAUGCUCUCUCCAUCCUGGGCACCGAGACUGAGAGUCUGAAUCAACUGCUGCUACUGCUGCCGCUCUCACGGCAUCUGCACACACUGUGACAAUUUCAAGAAAUGGGCCAGAUAGAGUAGGAAUGGUGGUGCAAUGGAUGAUUGGUGAAGUGUCUAGGUGUGUGAUUGAAGGUGGUUAGUGUGUGUCUUCUAUUCAUAAAGACAACACAGCCAUGCAGAAUCACGGUAAAGAGUCUGUAUGGAGGUAAGAUGCUUUUCUGGUCUCAGUAGGGCUGAUCACUUUCCUCCACUCCGCUAGGCUGAUUAAAUACACAGCCCAGGCUCUCAUCGAUAUCAGAGCUCGCACAGUAAACAGGCCACUCUGCCAUUUCUACGCUGUUCUCAUUUACCAUCUAGCCUGCUGCUGUUCGACUCAGAGCCAGGAAGAGCAAGAAGGGAGAAAGGAUGUCCCCUACAGAAUGCUGUGAACACAGUUCAGGACUUAAUAGGCACUUAAUGGAAUUUUAAAAAAACUUUUGUGCAAAAGCUAUAAUGUAUACAUAUUGAUCAAUGUCUAAUAAAAAAUGUAUUUUUA